CCACGGCCCUAAUACACAUAUAAUAUACACACUCAUUUUGGGGGAAUAUUUGGGGAAAGCAAAAGAGAGUUUUAGGAGUUUCAGAAGGAAUCGAAGCCAUGGCAGAAGCAUCGCUCAGUGGUGGCAUCAAAGAAGCACCGAAGAUAGUGUGGAACGAGAAGGAUAAGAAAUUCGAGACAGAGGACAAGAAAGCUUAUCUGGAGUACGAGGUUAGGGGUGGGGGCAAAGUUAUGGACAUAAUUCAUACAUAUGUUCCAUCGAGCAAGAGAGGUUUAGGACUCGCUUCUCACCUCUGUGUCGCUGCACUGACUCAUGCUCAGACACACUCCAUGUCGAUUAUUCCUACUUGCUCUUAUGUCUCUGACACUUUUCUUCCUCGAAACCCAUCUUGGAAUUCGAUUGUGUACACGGACGAUGUCAAGUCUAAUAUGUGAUGUCUGAUUAAGAAAGCUGGUCAUUGAGUUAUAUUUGUGUUUCUUCACAGAACGUUUUCUCGUAUUUGUGUUUUAUGUAAUUGUAUCUCUUAACGAUGGCAUUAUGUUACCUAUCUUCAAUUAAACUACUUGGAUUAGAGAUU